GUACUAGCUCAGUUUGCACGCCGCAGCUCAGAGCGCGGCCGCGCGCCGCCGACCGACGCUUAACCGUCAAACCAGUGCUCUAAAGAAAACUAAACGAGCGUCCUCUAGUGUGUGCAUUCCAUUUUCAAAUCAAGAUGAGGCGCAACGUGAAAAUUAUGUUCCUGAUCGGAACUGCUUGGAUGUUUUUCCUUUUUUACUACAUGCAGUCUGAUGCUCCACAGUCUAAGGAAGAAAACAUAGCCCUACGACUAAUAAAACAAACGAACAUCGAAGAGACAGAGAGCAGUCCAUCAGCUGACGAGCCGUACACCAGCACAGGGCGGUACUUUGACGAGGGGGGGUAUGUGGCGGGCGGCUCCAAGGACUCCGACCCGUACGUGCGGAACCGCUUCAACCAGGCCGCCUCCGAUGCCCUACCGAGCAAUAGGGCCGUGCCUGACACGCGAAAUGCUAUGUGCCGCCUAAAGAAAUACGAUGAAGAUCUCCCUCAGACCAGCGUCAUCAUCACCUUCCACAACGAAGCUCGCUCAACGCUCCUGCGUACCAUCGUCAGUGUCCUAAAUAGAAGUCCGGAACAUCUCAUCAAAGAAAUAAUUCUAGUUGAUGACUUCAGUGAUAACCCGGAAGACGGUGCAGCGCUGCGUGCUAUCCGCAAAGUGCGCGUGAUUCGCAACAGCAAGCGCGAGGGGCUGAUGCGGUCGCGCGUGCGCGGAGCCGACGCGGCCACCGCGCCCGUGCUCACCUUCCUCGACUCGCACGUCGAGUGCAACGCGCACUGGCUCGAGCCGCUGCUGCAGAGGAUCAAAGAGGACCCGACUCGCGUGGUGUGUCCCGUGAUCGACGUGAUCAGCAUGGACAGCUUCCAAUACAUCGGCGCCUCGGCCGACCUGCGCGGCGGGUUCGACUGGAACCUGGUCUUCAAGUGGGAGUACCUAUCUCAUUCGGAGCGUAGCGCGCGCCUGAGCGACCCCACGCAGGUGAUCCGCACGCCCAUGAUCGCUGGCGGUCUAUUCAGCAUGGACCGCAAGUAUUUCAACAAGCUGGGCAAGUACGACAUGAAGAUGGACGUGUGGGGCGGCGAAAAUUUGGAGAUAUCAUUCAGAGUGUGGCAAUGUGGUGGUUCCCUGGAGAUAGUUCCCUGCUCCCGCGUCGGCCACGUGUUCCGGAAACGGCAUCCGUACACCUUUCCAGGGGGCUCCGGCGCUGUGUUUGCGAGGAACACCCGCCGCGCCGCCGAGGUCUGGAUGGACAACUACAAGGAACUCUACUACAGGUCGCAGCCGCUGGCCAAGCAGGUUGACUAUGGAGACAUCUCGGAGCGCGUGGCGCUGCGCACGCGGCUGCACUGCAAGCCGUUCCGCUGGUACCUGGAGCACGUGUACCCCGAGCUGCAGGUGCCCGCGCUGGCCGACGCGCCGCGCGCCGUGCGCCAGGGCGCGCGCUGCCUGGACACCAUGGGCCAUCUCAUCGACGGCACGUUAGGAAUGUAUCCUUGUCACAAUACGGGCGGCAACCAGGAGUGGCGCUUCGAGAACGGCCUCCUGCGGCACCACAGCCUGUGCGUGUCGCUGUCCCGCGACGACCGCGUCACGGCCGUGCUGGCCGCCUGCGACCCGUCCGACUUCGCGCAGCUGUGGAGGAGGAAGGGCGCGCUCAUCACGCACGCCAAGCUCGACGCCUGCUUGGACACCGACCGACCAGCACUAUAUUUAGAAAAGUGCAACGAAGACAAACCCAGUCAACAGUUUACGUUUUAAAUGAAACACUACCCUAUUAGAGCGAAGCUAUACGUUUAACAAUUUUUAAAAAUCUGUUAAACAUGACUUCGAAAUAUUAGAAGAUCAAUUUAUCAGUAUUGAAGUAUUCCAUAGUAACUCUUUUAAGAUAAUCACUUCAAUUUAAUUUUUGUAUCUACUUCGUGGAAUGUCAGGUUCGCUGGUAUACCUCGUUUAAAAAUACUUGAUCAUCAUACCUAAAAUCUGGAGGAGGAGGAUACCUAAAUUCCUAGAGGAAAUUUCUAUCUCAUGGUGAAUCCUCAUUAUUUUACUCCUACCUGCUAACAAUGCGAUCCAAUAUCAUAUAUAGGCUCUACAGUGCUAAUCAUUAUUGUUAAGUAGGUAAAUAAGAAACUUUAUACAACUAAAAGACGGUUUCGCUUUAAAGCCUAUUAUUAAGAACAGUUAUUCCUUCAAGAUAUGGAUGCCCCUUUUUGGCGUUUAGUUUUAAGAAAGUUGCUGUGAUUAAUUAAGUAAAAAGACUAUGAAUCUUCUUAUAAGAUGCCCUAUAUUGUACGACGUCACCAAAUUGAUAAUCAUAUUAAUCAUCACAUAUACCUAUAUUAUCACAUCACAGCAACUUAUACAUAGUAUUUAAAUAUAUGUGGGAUCUGAUUUGAAUUUCUUAAUGCGAAUUAAAGGUAUUUCAUUAGGGUUAUACUCAUUUAAUUUGUCAAAAUUUCGAGGAGCCCUAGGGUCUACUUUUACAUUUCCGACGUACUUUAAUUUAUACUUAACUGUCAUUUUGACAAGAAUCUAUUUAAAUAAACAAGAAAACUUUAACAGUCAAUAACUUGUAGGAUUUAAAAACUGGAGACGCCUUGACUAUAAUUUUCUAUACAAAACAGUCUGCCGAUUUUUGUGGGGGAGGGGCACGUCAAAUGUAUGGCUAUUUCUACGUAAUGUACAAAUAGCCAUGUCAGCCCAUACAAUGCAUAUGACCAUUGGCCGAGCUUUUCGACAGAGCGACGGAGAUAAGCUCUUAAAGGCGUCUCCAGUUGUUAAAUCCUCCAAGGUCAAUAAUGAUGAAAUUGAAUAUUAUUUUAGGACAAUAUGUUUUUUUUUCGUAAUGUAAUGUAAUAGCUAAUUACAUACCUACGUAUAACUCCACAGCGUGUAAGUGUUAAGACUCACUUAAUAAUCUCAUGAAAUUAUUGAAUGAAUGAUUUGCGACUAAGUACAUUAAUAGUAGUUACCAUAAAGUUGUAAAUAUGUAAUUAUUGUAAGUGCCGGGAAAGUGGAAUGUGGAUAUUAUGUAAUGUAAUGUAGGAUUUUGUAAAGCAGUUGCAUUAUAUUAGAUGUAAAACUGUUAUCUCCUAGGAUAUUUUAGUUGAAGCAAUACAAUUAGGUUUAUUAUUAUUAUUUGAAAAAAUAUUAACAUAUGGCCUAUAUUUAUUUAGACUUCAUAAAAGCAAGUAUUUGUUACGUAUUUCAAUUAUAUUUAAAUACUCGUUCGUUUUAAGAUUUAUGUUAAAAUUCGUGUGUAUGUUUAUGAUAGAAACAAUAAUGAAUAAUGUAUUUUUUUUUAUUACUUUUAUUGGGACUGUUUUUGGGAUUACCAUCUAUACAUAUAAUAUAUAUAUGUAAAGUAAGCAUUACUAUGUUAAGAUUUAGACUACUUUAAUGACAAAUCCAGCUCAUUUGCAGUGACUGGAAUUAAGGUACUUUUAUAGCCAAAAAAAUGUACUUACGUAUUUACUUCCUUAUUAUUUGGAAGAAAUCUUGUUUAGUUGGUACCGUCAGCUCUUUGAAGUGAACAAAAGUUUAUUGCCAUGGGAAUAGGGCGUAUAGAGCAUGUAUAACCUGUGUGUUAUGAUGCGUACCUAGUUACUGAAUAAAAAAAUCGGGUUUCUAACAAAUAGUAUGCCACUAAAAUAAUUUAAUCAUAUUUCCACUGCCGGUAAGAAUAAUCUUUGCUAAUACACUAACUGUAGGCAUUUUGCCUCUCAUAUGUGCCUAGACAAUUGUGUAUUGAUAUGUAUGUCACAAAAUAUAAUAUUUCUGUUAUUUAAAAUUAUUAAAGAGUCCGUCCAAGCUGACUCUGCACUGACUGACAGAAUAAAGUGUGCGAAAUUUCUAUGAAAAAUGACUUUUAGUGUGCGUCAUUAAAAUCAUUUUUCAUAGAAAUUUAUGAUAUCUUUUCCACUGUUAUUGCAAAAGCCAUGCAGAGUUAGAUUGGUCCGACUAAAAUGAGUUUAAAAUGUAAGAUAUUGUGAUAUAGGAUGAAGGUGUGAUGUCAUUACUAACGGGGCGAGAUGGCGUCAUGAGUAAGAACUAUGCUAUUUAGAACCCUAGAAGGACACGGUCAUUAUGAUAACAACUACACAUUCCUGCUUGUCGUUCUUGUGUCACCGAGAGAACAAUCUUUUCAUUGAAAAUACUUAAUUGCUUGACAGAUUUUGUCUUUACAGUUCAAGCUUCUAAACCAUUUUUUUGUGCUGUUCUCGGUAGCGAUAUUUGUUAGGGCGGGGCUCAGUGGCCAUUGCGGUGGCGCCAUCUCGGACGUUUAUGCAACAAAAAGCGAUCGAUUUCACGCAAGUUAUUGUAAAUAAUUGUAAAUAUUCGUAGUAACCGUGUUAACCAAUUUAACUUAUUAAGAGAACAUAGAGUCUAUUGUUUUAACUUUUAUUGACAAGAACUUGCGAGUAAUUUCAAUAGGAUGAACAGAACUUUUUUAUUUAGGUAAUUUAAUUUAAGUACCUACCUUUCGUCGUUGUAAUUUAAAAACAUUCCAUUAUUAUUUCCGUCCUAAUUAUUUCAAAUGCUAAAUUAACUGCGACGCCUAGGAAGCUACUUUAAUUGCUAUAUUGUGUUGGAUAUAUAAGAAGAAGAAGAGGUACUAAUGUAGGAAUUCUUAAUAUUAUUAUUGAUUAAACACGAAUAUUUUUAAAUGCUCUUUUGAGGUAUUGUUUUAGAUGAAAAUAUAAUUUCGAUGAAAAAGUAUUGAUCCAAUGAAUAAAUAUCACAACUUUGGCAAAAAGCUAGUUGUAUUUUUUCAUAAGGGAUUUUAUGAAUCUAUAAAUGAAAUUUAUAACUACAUACUGUACGUACUAAGUAGUUAUAGCUACGUAAGAAAAAUCACGACAUUCACUAUAAAGGCACCUAGAGCACAAAGUAGAAAUUAUCGAAACAAAGUAAGAAAAAACUUUUAUACAUACUAUUGUUUUUUUAUUUUAUUUUUACGAAUUGUUAAAUAGCGGCAAAAAUGCCCUAGUCAAGCUUUGUUAAAAUUAUUUUAAUAAUUUCGAGAAUUAUGUUCAAUCAAUGUGUGAUUUUAUUUUUAGUGAGAGAACUUUGCAUAAGUAAAAUAAAAAAAACGUAUGAUGAA